AUGGGAAGUGAAAGACAAUUUCACUCGACCGCUCCACCGUCCUCGUCGUCCUCCUCCACCUUUGAUUCUGCACCGGUGCAUAUGCAACAACCACAGCAACAGCAACAACAACAACAACAACAACAGCAGCAGCAGGUGCCACCACGGCAUCCGCAACAACCGUCCCAGACGUCCUCAACGCCACAGCAGCAACCGCCUUCCUUUAUGCAGCUUUCAAACCAUCACGAAACCUCCCCUUCUUCGCCCAGUAAAAGCUACUCUCAAUAUAGCACCCCGACACCGACCAAUUAUACCCAGCCAAUGACCAUCCCAAUCUCUCAUACUGAAAAUGGUAGAAAAAAUAGCACCGUGCCUGCACCCGCCUACUAUGAAGACAACUACAAUACUUACAAUGGGAAACAACAAGACGCUUCUUUGGUAUCACCGACAAGCCCUCACAGCUUUGACGAAGAAAUGCAACAAAGAAACAUGCAACAUUUGUUUGAGAAGAAGAGACGACGGCGAGAAUCACACAAUGCCGUGGAACGGCGACGACGUGACAAUAUCAAUGAACGGAUCAAUGAGCUGGCUACCCUGUUACCCGAUAGAGAGGCGCACAAAACCAAUAAAGGCACCAUCCUGAAAAAGUCGGUGGAUCAUAUUCGAGUGCUUCACGAUAAAUUGCACCAACAACAGCAACGCAUCCAGGAACUGGAAAACAUGCUGGAUAUGUAUCGCGGACAUAUGAAUCCAUCGCCGUCCCAACCAUCCUCCUCCGCUCGCCAAUUGUCGCAACCGCAGCAUCAACAGCAUCAACAGCCCUCCUCACAAACUCCACAGCCAUCUCAAUUACAGCAACAGCAACACCAACAACAUCAGCAACAGCAACAGCAACAGCAACAGCAACCGCUGCCUGCCAUGGUUCCACCGGGACAUCCUUUAGACCUAUCUCGAAUUCAGCCGCAAAUGACCAGUCAUGCUACGUCUUCUUACCGGCAUGAUGGCUAA